AUGUUUAAAUUGCGCAUCUGUAUCAAACCACUACUGAGGAUUCAAGCAUGUUCUUUGGUCUUGAAGAAUCUUCUGCUCCGGUUGGAACUUUGAGCAUCUGCAUCCAUAAGCAUCCGAAGCCGUCAAAUUGCAGCAAUCUACACCAGCUCACAAUGUCAAACAUCUUUCUUUUCAUUCAAUGGGGUCUGGUCAGCUCAUCCCCUAGCCUUCCAAGCUAGGUCACAAUGAAUCUCAGCCUCAGGCUCGAGAGUUCACAUGCACCUCCUGGCUCUUCAGACAGCCCUUUCACACUCUCAUCCCUAGCCUCCUUGGGCUAGGUCAAUGGGUAGAACCUGUAAACUUCAGGAGUCCAACAACUCCUUUUAUUUCUGACCAGCCAGCCCUGCCUCUCUCUCAUCUCUAGCCCCCUGGGCUGGGUGAACGGUGCCGAUGGAACAUGUCCAAACUCAGCCCGUCUCUUUAUUGCUGCACUUUCCCCACUUCCACCUAUUAGUGGACCCAGGUGGUCACCACAGGCGAGCAGACUAAACUGUCUACUUGCUGGCUCCCUUUAAUUUCCAGUCCUGGAAGGGAGUUUUUUCUGAUGGGCACUUUUUCCUGCCUCAGUGCAUCUAACAGCAAACAGCUUGAAAUUCAAAAAGCAAAACAGCCUUUUUUUUUGGGUAUGGCCUUGGGCUUCUGGCUGAGUGGAACCAGAAGACCCUGGCCCCCUAUCAAUCAUCCUGCUUAUCUGGCCUGGCUUUUGCCCCAGGCCACUCCAGGUGCAGUUUUUCAGCCAUUACAGGUAACAGAAACCAAAGCAACCAUUCCAUCAUCAAAAGUUCCACUUCCCAAGCCUCAUCAUUCUUUCUCUUACGAAGUUCCAUCCUUCCACAAGUCUGGAGCCAUUGCAGCAAAUCCCUCUUAUGAUGCCAACUGUAAAAUCGGCUUGAGGACAGUGUCUGAUCUCCUCUUACUUCACAAGGGGAAAGGAGAAUCGAGAUCAACAGCUCAAGGCAGAUUCUUACCAGGCAGAGGACAUUAUGAACAGUGAGAAAAGUUAUGAUUCACUGCCCAAUUUUACUGCUGCUGAUUGUCUAAGACUUCUUGGCAUAGGAAGAAACCAGUACAUUGAUCUUAUGAAUCAGUGUAGAUCAUCAAAAAAAUUUUUCAGAAGGAAAACAGCCCGUGAUCUUCUGCCCGUAAAGCCAGUGGAAAUUACCAUAGAGGCAUGGUGGGUGGUGCAGGCUGGUUAUAUCACAGAAGAUGACAUAAAGAUAUGCACUUUGCCCGAGAAAUGCACUGUUGAUAAGAUCAUCGAUUCAGGUCCUCAGCUCUCUGGAUCACUAGAUUACAAUGUAGUACAUAGUUUAUAUAACAAAGGAUUCAUUUAUCUGGACGUACCAAUAUCUGAUGACAGUUGUAUAGCAGUUCCUCCUCUUGAAGGUUUUGUAAUGAAUCGAGUACAGGGUGAUUAUUUUGAAACUCUACUAUAUAAGAUAUUUGUUUCAAUAGAUGAACAUACUAAUGUUGCAGAGCUUGCAAAUGUCCUUGAGAUAGACUUAUCCCUGGUGAAGAAUGCUGUUUCAAUGUAUUGCCGAUUGGGCUUUGCCCAUAAGAAGGGACAAGUAAUAAAUUUGGAUCAACUUCAUUCAUCAUGGCGGAAUGUUCCAUCUGUAAACAGAUUAAAGAGUACUUUAGAUCCACAAAAGAUGCUCCUAUCAUGGGAUGGCGGGGAAAGUAGGAGUCCUGUACAAGAAGCUUCGUCGGCUACUGAUACUGAUACAAACAGUCAGGAAGAUCCAGCUGACACAGCCAGUAUAAGCAGUUUGAGUCUAUCUACAGGAUAUACAAAACGUAUUGCAUUCCUAUUUGAUUCAACUCUUACUGCCUUUUUAAUGAUGGGAAAUCUUUCACCAAACUUGAAAAGUCAUGCAGUCACAAUGUUCGAAGUUGGCAAGCUGUCAGAUGAGUCUCUGGACAGCUUUCUUAUAGAACUGGAAAAGGUUCAGAGCACUGGUGAAGGAGAAGCACAGAGGUAUUUUGAUCAUGCACUUACUCUGAGAAACACAAUACUGUUUUUGCGUCAUAAUAAGGACCUGGUUGCACAGACCGCACAGCCAGACCAACCCAGUUGUGGUUUUCCUCUGGAUCUCUUACGCUGUGAAAGCCUUCUUGGUUUGGACCCUGCAACUUGCAGCCGAGUUCUAAACAAAAAUUACACUCUGCUUGUUUCCAUGGCUCCUCUUACCAAUGAAAUCCGGCCCAUCAGCAGCUGCACCCCUCAGCAUAUUGGACCAGCUAUCCCAGAAGUCAGUUCUGUCUGGUUUAAACUGUACGUUUACCAUAUCACUGGGCAAGGACCACCAUCUCUCUUACUGUCCAAAGGUACAAGACUUCGAAAACUGCCAGAUAUAUUCCAGGGUUAUGAUCGAUUACUAAUAACAUCUUGGGGUCAUGAUCCUGGGGUAGUUCCUACUUCAAAUGUGCUCACAAUGUUGAAUGAUGCUUUAACACAUUCUGCAGUUUUAAUUCAGGGACAUGGUUUGCAUGGGAUAGGAGAAACUAUCCAUAUACCGUUUCCAUUUGAUGAAACAGAACUACAUGGAGAGUUUACUCGUGUCAACAUGGGUGUUCAUAAAGCAUUGCAGAUACUAAGGAACAAGGUGGACUUGCAGCAUUUCUGUGGCUACGUCACCAUGCUGAAUGCUUCUAGUCAGCUUGCAAACAGAAAACUCAGUGAUGCCUCCGAUGAGAGAGGAGAACCUGAUUUGGCUUCUGGCUCAGAUGUAAAUGGGAGCACAGAGUCAUUUGAAAUGGUCAUUGAGGAAGUGACUAUAGAUUCAACAACAAAGCAGAACUCUGUUGCCACAAUAGAAGCAGAUUGGGUUCCUCUGGAAUUAUGCUUUGGAAUUCCACUGUUUAGUUCUGAGUUAAAUCGGAAAGUUUGUAAGAAGAUUGCUACACAUGGCCUCUGCAGACAAGAGAGCCUUCAAAACCUCUUACAUUCCAGUAGAAAACUCUCUCUACAAGUCCUUAACUUUGUUCACUCAUUCCAGGAAGGUGCUUCAACACUGGAUAUUCACACAGAGGCCAGUUUUCCAAGUUUGUUUUCCCAGUCAUCCUAUGCCGAUAUGGGAGUUCCACUUCCUGCAAAGAACUUAAUAUUUAAAGAUGGAAUCCUAUCAGAAUGGAGUGGACGGUCACCUUCCUCACUUCGUAUUGCUAACCUCCAUUUGCAAUAAUUCGGUUCCAGCAUUUGUUGCUCACCCGUUCUGCCUUUUUCUUUCUUAGCUUUAGCUUUAUAGGGCCAGCCACUAAAAAGCAUCCUGCUGCUGCAGUGCAGUUCCUGCUUAAAUGAUGUUCAAAGUUUGGGGAACAUGCUAAUGUUUUCUGAAGUUUUGUUCAUUAUUGCACAUCCUAAUGCAACAAAGAGCUUUUUAGCAGCCAGCACUGUAUUUUUUACCUUGAGACAAUCUGCAUUUCUUUUAUAAAACUGAGGAUAUACUUUAUAGGCUUUAUGAUGACUGUUACGUUUAUAAGCAGUCACUAUGAAUAUUGCAAUGGUAAUUUUAUAUGUUAGUUUAUCAAACAUAAAUCUUGUUUAAUUUUAUAUUUUGUUACCUACAUUCUAAGGGAUCAUGGGAAGAGAUGGAACUCUUCCUCUGAAAAAGGCCUCUUGAUACUUAAAGUAGCAAAACUGUAAAGUAAACAUCCAGUAUUGAGAGACGAUAUGAUGGGGCAUUAAGGAUACCUGUGGAUGUCUGUAAAUUAUGUAUAUCAGUUGAACAAUGUUGAAGGUAUGUAAAUCAGCAUAGUUAUGUAUAACUUAAUCUUGAUUUAUAAGGUCUUAACGAUUCAUUGACAUCUCACAAAAAGCUUUGGAAAACAUUCUAUUUUUAAACAGUGUUUCUAUGUGGACAUUUGUUGUCACUCACUCUGGGCUUUAUAUUUUUCAGAGUCUUUAUGGAAAAUAGAAUUUUUUUCCCACUCUAGUAGCUGUGGCUGCUGCACGUUUUCACCCUGAUUUUUGUUGAGUAGCUGUAACAAUGAAUUGUUAUGAAAUUGAAUUUGAUGUUUUCAAACCAAGGAUUGUGAUUUAGGUUCAAAUUACACAUUAGAAGCGCUAGGUCUAUGUCUUCUGAUCAAAACACUCUAGUGAUAAGCCUACUUUGAAGAUAUAUUCUUAAGAAUCUGAAUCUUAAAUUUAUGUGAAUAGUUUUGGAGGAAAAUGAUAAAGAAAAAUUGCAUAAUUUCUAAGUAACUUCUAAGUGUUUCUUGGGUCAUUGAUUCUUUUAGUAUCGCAAAUGUUAAUUAGAAUAAUUGGAAUCACUUUUUCGAUUUUUCAAGUUAACUUCCUUAGGAAGUUUGUGCAGUGUUGUAGUUUAGUUUAGCUCCUCUAUAGAGUAAGGAUUGUUGGCUAGUUUAAAACUGUAACCCAACUAACUGGUCAAACAACAUGUAUCUAAAACACUUAAAGCAUUAUAGAAUUUGGGAAUGUUACAACCUAAACAUUUUUGCUGAUAAUUUUUUGUUGUUUAUAGAACUGAUAUUUGUGUAUUUAACAUACUUCAGGAAAUAUAUGCCUUUCUUAAAACUGUUAACCAUGCAUUCAAUACCAUGACUUCUCUAUAGGAUCGACUGUUUAGGACCAGGCUACCUGUGGCACAGCCAGUGCUGUGUUCGGGAUUAAUGCAGGAACGUUUAGUUUUCUACUUUAUCUUAUAUGGGGUAGAAACCAAGUGUACGUUAUAAAUGUUUGUCUAUAAAAGGAAAAGUGCAUACUAAUAUUAAAAUAAUUUCUUAUGACUGUGAAUCACUCAUUUAUUUUUCCAGUAAUUGGUAUUGUACAUUCCUAGUGCUAUUAGGUAUGUAUGUAACUUUUACGGUUUUUCCACUGAAAGUUGUCAAGUGCUUCAUUUGAUCAGGGCUCUUAAUCUCGUUUUCAUUUGCUUUGUUCAAAUUAGCUAUAGUUAUUUUAUUUAUUCAUGUAUUAACAAUCUUAAGUCUAAUGGAAUGACGUACACUAAUAAAGAAUGAGUGUUUGUAGUUGCCGGCAGUGAACCCAGUUGUUGGUAAAUUUAAAGCUUAAAAUAUGAGGGUGAUUUGCUGCUAUAUCUCCUUUGAGAGAGAUUGGAGGAAAAAAAUAGAGCCUAAUACGAUCAUGAAUUUUAGAGAAAGUGUUUUAAGAAAAGGGGCCAAGUCUGUUUUUUGCGUGAGUAAAGGAAGAGUAAUCAUCUGGUUUCCAGCUGAAGACCUCUUGUUCUCAUAAGGAGGGAGGAUCUGCAUUUUAGAGUUGUUAGCAGAGUGUGAAAUGCUGCUCUUUUCGUGCUUUGCCUUGUGAAUUUGUCUUUAGUUCAUUCAUACAUUAACUCAUGUAAAAACGCAUCUCUUAAAUCUUAAAAGUGCUGAUCCAAUUCAAUGAAAACGUAAAUUUAAAAUAUAAACUUUAUUAUUUGCCAAAGAAGAUUCAUUAAUUUUUAUCCGAUUUUCUUAUUUUUUGCAAAUGUUUAAAAUGAUUUCAUUUGACUUUGUGCCACCUUAUCCCUACCCCCCUCCUCCCUUUAGUGUAGCUUAAACCGUGGCACACAUUCUUUAGAAGCCAAGAGAAAGAAGAACAAACAUCAAAAAGGACAGGGAAGUUAGUGUGGUACAAUUUCACUUCUCAAGUGGGUCUCAAGAAAUGCUACUUCAUGUCAUUUUAAAAAAAGUAUGAUCAUCUGAUUUCCGUAAUUUUUUCUUUCUUUCUUUUUUUAAAUAUGUAAUCAGAUGAUUUUGCAUUUCUUUUGGGGAGGAAUGUUGGUUUCUGUUCCUUGAUGUUUAUAGUUUCUCUGCCACUCAUAUCUUUGUUUUAUGUUCAGUGUUUCAAAUACAGUUUGUAUUUAAAGAUUUUAAAGUACCAAAACUGUAACUGAGUACAGUGGAUUGUUUUCUGGUAUGAUGUUAAUAUUAUACAAUAAAGUGUAUAAAAGUGUUGUCAGUUUGAUUAUUGACACGUAUAACAUGUUUACAAAUAAACUGUGGUAUUGAUCAACUUAAUGUGAAAAUGUGUAUAAUCUUCCGUAAGUCCCUUUAAGUACAGCUGUGCUUUAAGUGCUGUGUUUUUCAUAUAUAUAUUAAUAUAUA